AUGGAAACAAUGAAAUCCAACUCAGGCAAUGAUUAUACAAAUGAAGAGCAUUCGCCAAUGCUCACAUCGUCGUCUUCGUCGUCAUCAAAUAGUUUAUUAACAUUUCUCAACAGUCAUUUAAAUAAAAAUUCCACAGAUGAUUAUGAAAAAAUUAGUGAACGAUUUUUAACAGUGUUUUCAACAUGGGAUGAUCGUGAACAAUUAAAUUUUGUUGAAAAUCUACUCAAACGUAUGCACAAUCAUCAACAUGGUCAAAUCAAUUCAUUUCUAUUGCCUAUGUUGCAAAGAGAUUUUAUUGGACAAUUAGCAGCACGUGGACUUGAACAUAUAGCAGAAAAGAUUCUUGGAUAUUUAGAUGAUCAAUCAUUAAUAUCAACAGAACUUGUUUGUCACGAUUGGUAUCAUGUUAUAUCAUCAGGUAUACUCUGGAAAAAAUUUAUUGAACGUAAAGUUCUAUCAGAUUCCUUAUGGGAUGGUCUUGCUAAAAGACGUGGCUGGACAAAAUAUCUUUUUCGUCAGAUAUUAACAUCGGGCGAAACUUCUAAAAGUCAUGAAUUCUAUCGUACUUUGUAUCCGAAAAUAUUGAAUGAUAUUAAACAAAUCGAAACCAAUUGGCAUACAGGGAAAUUUCAAUUAGAAAAAAUUCAAUGUCGUUCACAAAAUAGCAAAGGUGUUUAUUGUUUACAAUAUGAUGAUGAAAAAAUAGUUAGUGGCUUACGUGAUAAUACAAUCAAAAUAUGGGAUAGAAAAACUUCUCAAUGUACCAAAGUAUUAACAGGACAUAAUGGUAGUGUUUUAUGUUUACAAUAUGAUGAAAAAGUAAUUGUUACUGGUUCAUCCGAUUCAACUGUACGUAUAUGGAAUGUUAAAACAGGAGAAUUAAUUAACACACUAUUACAUCAUUGCGAAGCUGUUUUACAUCUUCGAUUUUGGAAUGGUACAAUGGUAACAUGUUCAAAAGAUCGUUCCAUAGCUGUUUGGCAAAUGAAUUCGCCAACUGAUAUAACUAUUCGACGUGUACUUGUUGGACAUCGAGCAGCUGUUAACGUUGUAGAUUUUGAUGAAAAAUAUAUUGUUAGCGCCAGUGGAGACCGAACAAUUAAAGUUUGGGAUACAACAACUUGUGAGUUUGUAAGAACAUUACUUGGACAUAAACGCGGUAUUGCUUGUUUGCAAUAUCGUGAUAAAAUUGUUGUUAGUGGUUCAUCAGAUAAUACAAUUCGUAUAUGGGACAUUGAAUGCGGUGCAUGUCUACGUAUACUUGAAGGACAUGAUGAACUCGUACGUUGUAUUCGUUUCGACACAAAACGAAUUGUUUCUGGAGCUUAUGAUGGUAAAAUAAAAAUUUGGGAUUUAGUAGCUGCUCUUGAUCCACGCUCUCAAUCACCAUUAUGUAUAUGUACAUUAACUGAACAUACAGGACGUGUAUUUCGUCUACAGUUUGAUGAAUUUCAAAUUGUAUCAAGUUCACAUGAUGAUACAAUACUUUGUUUUAAUUUUCUCAAUGAUUCAACAAUACCAGAUCAUUCAACAACGAUAACAACUUCUUAA